UUCAGUUCAGUUCAGUUCAGUUCAGUUUAGUUUAGUUUAGUUUAGUUUAGUUUAGUUUAGUUUAGUUUAGUUCAGUUCGGUUCAGUUAAGUUCAGAUGAGUUCAGUUCAGUUUAGUUUAGUUAGUUUUGUAAUUAGCUGUUGUUUCUCUUUUAUAAGUGAUUUUUCGUUUUUCAAUUAUCUGUGUGAAGCCUGUUUGUUUAGACAACUGUUAUGUUUUUAGGCUAUAGAGUAAAAUUUUACUGAAUUAGUGCCUCAUUAGGAUCUGGUUGGUGUCAGUAUCUGGUAUCUAGUUCGAGUCUGGUUUUUGUCUGGUUAGUUUCUAUUUAGCGUAUGGUUAGUAUGUAAUUAGUAUCAGAUUAAUAUAUUUUUAGUAUCUUGUAAGUAUAUAAUUAGUAUAUUAUCAGUAUCUUGGAGUGUAUGGCUAGUAUCUAACUGUUUACUAUCUUAUAUACCAUCAAAUUCAAGUCUUGUUAGUAUCUCAUGAUUAUCUGGUUAGUUCGUGAUUAUUCUCUGGUUAGUAUUUUUCAGUGUUCAGGUUGUAUCUGGUUAGUAAAUGAUUUGUAUUUGUUCUUAAUCAGAUUAGUAUCUGAUUAGUAGGAUAAGUGUCUGGUUAGUGUGUGUAUAGUAUUUUCAUAGAGUCUGGUUAGUGUGUGUAUAUAUAUUCUGGUUAGUAUAUGUUAUUUAUUAUCUGGUUAGUGUCUUGUUAGUAUCUGGUCACUUUCUUGUCUGUAGUUCCUGUUUGUAUCUCGUAGAUAUCAGCAAUUCUGCUGCAGAAUCAAAGGUUCAAUUGAAUUCAGUUUUAUUUACAUAGCCCAGUAGCAUAGUACAGUUGUCUCCAUUGGAUCCACACCAGUAAUUGUUCAAAAAGUUCAACGUGGAUGUUUUAGUUGUCUUCUCUUUCCAAACUCUGAGUUUCAGUUCCUUUGAAUGUGUUUGUCUCUGCUGUCACCAUGACAACAAGAGCUCAGAUGAUCUGGACCAGAGCUUCUGCCAGAUGAACCUAAAGUAAAGUGAGUCAGACCACUGCCAAAGAUGAAACCUUCUGUCCUUCGAACAUCCAGGUUUGGACCUCUGAUGUGUUCUGUGGACGUCUCCCCAGUUUAGAAGAGCUGGAAGCGAAACAGCAUCUACUUUUUCAUCACAUCAACCUGUGGAACCUUAAGAGGCCUUGAACAUUUAGGGUGAAAAUGUUUUUAAAGAAAAGCAUUUCUGGGAUGAAUUGAUGACGGUGUGAACACCUCUGGACUUGGAGCUGAACUCAAACAGUUUGUUGGUCUUCAGCAGAAACUCCACAGAAGAACUGAAGAGCUUCUCAGUGGCUGAACAGUGAAGAUGAAGCUGGUCAGCCAUCAAGCUUUCUAAGGGAUUCAACUGCUGGUUUCCUCCAGUAGAGUCCAGUCCUGGUUCAAGACCAUUAUCACAAUGAGUUUGUUUCCGCUGACCAGACAUGGCAUCUAAGUCACCAAGUCCAUCUGAUGGACAGGUAGGGACAAAGAGGAGAAGCAGGACGCAGGUGCACCGUAAGGAAACGGACAUCAAAGAGUUGACUUCAUCUGGCCACAAGGCUCUAGAGGAGGGACGGUCACAAGAGGCCGUGAGAUGCUUCAGCGAUGCUCUACAGACAGCAUUACAGCUGCAGGACUCCCGGGUCCUCGGGGCCUGUUUCUUUAACCUCGGAGCAGCUUACUUAGAGGCCGGAGAACCUCGUAGAGGUCUGAACCUUCUGCAACAGUCUCAGCCACGCUCCAAAGCUGACCGCUACCCAGACCUCCAGUUUAAUCUGGCCAUCGCCCACAAUGCACUGGGAAAGACCCGAGAGGCGUCCACCGCGUUCCUGCAGGCUGCUCACCUGUACAGGUCUCAGGGGGACGGAGGAGCUGAAGGGGACGCUUGCAUGGAGAUGAGCCGCUGCUACAGUCAAAUGGAGGACUGGACUCCAGCAGCUCAUGGGUUCCUGCGAGCUGCAGACAGCUAUAGGGUGGCCGCCAUGUUGGAUUCUGCCGCCAACGCCUUAAAAGAAGCAGGAAGUCACAUGAUCAGAGCAAAACAGUUCAACCAAGCUGACAUCAGCUGCGUUUUGGGCGAAUGUCUGAAUUUGGUGAACAGCAUCUCUGACCCGAGGAUUCUGGGAGAGGUCUUCCUCUCGGUGGGCGUGUCUUAUUGCCAGCUCAGGCAUUUCCAGAAGGCUGUGCGGUGUUUCCAGCGGGUCUUGACCCUUCCAGCUCAGCAGCCUCCCCUGCUGGCCAAAGUCCUGCAAAACCUGGGAGCUGCCUUGAACUCCACCGGCCAGUUCUCAGAAGCAUUGGGGUACCACAGGCUGGCAGCAGGGCUCUAUGGCUCUCUGGGUUGCCAUGGCGACCGGGCUCGCUGUCUCAGUAAUUUGGGACACGCCUGGACCCGGCUGGGCGACCGAGACGAGGCAGUGGAGACCUUCAUCCUCUCUCUUCAGGGGUUUAGAGACACAGAGAAUCACCUGGCUCAGGUGCAGGUGUGUGAGUCUCUGGCGGAGUGUUACCUGAGUCAAAGAAAACACCAGAAAGCUGUUCAGCUCUAUAAAGAAGCUCUGAGCGCGCUCAGUCACUGCAAGGAAGGCGGAGCUCUUCAGGACCUCCUGGUGAAGCGUCUGACCGCUGCUCUACAGCAAAGUCUGUCUGUGGAUGAGAACCCAAACCCGCAAAGACCACGACCUCCACCCCCCACUGGUCCCACGCCCGCCAGCCCCAUUUAAGAAAACAGGCAGUUUAAUGGGAAGGGAAGCAUCUCAGACCUCAGAGAUCGUAAUAAUGUAGAUUCAAGAACCCCAAGAAGGUUCCUGGUUCUUCCUCAGAUUCUGGAUCUGCAGCAAGUUAAACUCUGGAUUGGGAGGUCUGUCGGUCCUCUUUCAUCUCCUGGUUUAUCUGAUUAAACAUGACCUGAGAAAAUCUUCUGGAAAUGUUCUGAACAUGUGGGGCUGACAGAACCAGAACCCAGAUUCACUUUAACACCCUCAACACAUUCAUGUGAUCCUCAGAGAAGACAGAGAGCUUUCACUGUCACAGGUUCCUUCUCUCUAGCAACCUGCUGCAGGUAUAAGAUCAUGCAGGUGAUGGAUCAAAGAUACAUCAGUGAUAGAUCAAAGUCUGCAAGUGAUAGAUCAAAGACUGCAGCAGGUAUAAGAUCAUGCAGGUGAUGGAUCAAAGAUACAUCAGUGAUAGAUCUGCGGGGCGGCCGUGGUGCAGCGGUAGGGCGGUCGACUCCUAAUCCGAAGUGAGCGGGUUCGACUCCUGCCUUGCCCGACCAUGUGUCGAAGUGUCCUUGGGCAAGACGCUGAACCCCGAAUUGGCUCUGG